GGAGGAGAAGACGAGAGACGAGCGCGACAGGGGAAACGCGAGAGCUGCCGAAUAGCGUGCCGAGGGUUUAUCAGUGCGAACCGCGACGUCGACGUGGAAACGUCGUUAACGGCGCCGCGCCAUUUUCCGGGCCAUCCCUCGUCCUCGCUUUAAAACUGGGUCAAUCCCUCGUGCGCGAACCGACCGAUCGGCCGACCGACCGACCGACCGACCGACCGACUGAACAAUUUUUCUUAUAAUCGAUUCCCGCCACGCUUCUUAUUUUCUCUUCUCUACGAUAGUUUAACUUUCUCAUUCGUCUCCUUCUCUUUGAGCGCGCUCGGAUCUUUCUUCUCCUAAUUGGGUACGAGAAUAGUCACUUUCCAACACUUCGACCUUUCUUACGAUACAUCGACGACACGACGUUUCCUUCAGCCCUUGCGAAAACGAUUGAAAAAAUAUAUGUUUCCUUAUUCUCUAUUCUCUAUAUUUGAUUUUUCUUCUUUAAUUCGGAGAUCGACUCGCGGUCGAAACGAGUGAUUCGCAUUUGAUCGGAACGUAGGUAUACGCGUGUAUCGGUGGCUGCAUCCCUGGCAUUUGUCGUUCGAUGGACCGCCGGGUCGCGCGUUCGCGAUUCCGUAACCAGGUCAAGCGUGCUCUUUUCUGCGCUGACCUUCGUUAUGCGAAAUCAACGAUUCCUUUCAUCCGCGCCGGAUCAAACGCAUUCGCGUUACUUUCUAUUUAAUCGUUCCGCCUAGCGAAACCCGAGCAAGAAUUUCUAUGUCGCUCGACUGUCUCCCUCCUAGAGCAAGCUCGAAAUCUACGGAAAGAUCAAAAUCGACGACGAGUUAACGACGAGUUCUUUUAACGUAAUUUAACCUAAAAGAAGAGAAGAAAGUUUGAAGUACGCGUGACACGCGUUCGGAAACGUUUUCUCAAGAUGGAGAGCGUUCUUCAUCGAUCGACUCGAAAGACGUUCGAGCGGCGAAGGAAAAAAUAGCGGACUUUCUCCCCCUAGGGGAGCGAUAUCCUUUUGGACGAUCGACGUUACUUUUUUUUUUGUUCUUCUUUACUUCCCCUAGGGAAAAAUACCCUUUUCUCCUGGACCCUUUCGAAAACGAUCCUUUUCCGUAGUUGGCGCGCAUUUUUUAUCGCGAGCUUUCCCUCUUUUUAUCCAUUCCGUUCGAGACCCUUUCUCCAAGUAGAACGAUGUCUUUAGGUAGGCGACAUCGGAAAGGGAUAACGAGCGGUCCAAAGAAGAAUGCUUCUCUAUCGUAUUCGCGGACUGUAACGAAUCUCAAAGAUAAUUGAGUGAUCGUGGGAAAAGAGGAAGGAAAGUGCGAAGGAAAGGGAAGAUUCAAAGAGAAGAAAAGCAAGAAGAGGAAGAAGAAGGAGAAGAAGUAGAGGAAGAGGAAAGAGUUUGACGUUCGUUAAGAGGUUUCGAUAACGAAAUGUCAGUUCGUGCCGAGAUUCGUCGGAGCACGGCUCCGUCUCUUCUUCGGUGUAACGAUAUUGCGGAAGGUUGCGGCAAAUUUCUCGGUAUUCCAGACGUGCAGUGGCUGAUUUGUUCCUGCGUUCUAAUGGCGACGGCGGUCCUUUCCUGCCGGCGAAGCGAAUUUCAAUGCAACAACGGCCAUUGCAUCGCGUUGAACAAGGUUUGCAACGUCGUCGACGACUGCGGGGACGGAAGCGACGAGGUCCGUCAGUGCUCGCCCUGUAACAAAACGUACUUUGGCGACGUAGGAAAGACAUACGGUUUGGAAUUGCAUCGGCCGAAGGAAGACAAGGUGCCUUACAUUUGCAAGCUUACCUUCACCGCACCCGGCGGCGAUCUCGGUGAUAUCAUACAGCUGAACUUUGACAGCUUCACCCUUGGCAAAUUCGUUUCGUUCACCGCGGAAGGAUGUCCAGACGGAUCGUUGCAAAUCUCGGAGGCGGAACGUCCCGACGUAGGAGGACUUUGGUGCGGUACGACGAGAGAUCCAGCCAUUUACUACAGCGAAACGUCCAGCGUCUCCAUAACUUUGAAACUUCUACGACUCAGCAAGGAUCAGAAGGCAUUCAAUUUCGAUUUUCGGAUGGCGUACAAGAUGAUCAGAAAAUCCGACGCCGUUGUGCGCUACGGGAAUCCUUUCGUAGGAAUGACGCAGGUAACGACGGCGACGACGACGACGAGGACGACGACGACGACGACGUCGACGACGACGAAGGCAACGGUGAAUACCGAGGACAGACCUACCGCCGAAUAUGCCAACACUUCGAUGGCGAUGCUGAUGGUCGAGCAACACGCGGUAACGCCAACGAAAUCAAGCUCGGAGCAGUAUCUCGGUGAUCUCAUCUCUGGAACUUACUGCUCGAGAAUAUUCAGCGACUGCGACCAGAAGAAGUGCAGACUGCAGUCUCCGAACUUUCCCGGCCUUUAUCCGCGUAAUCUCACCUGUUACUACGCGGUAAGGCAGCACGAGGUACCGCCGGGGAAAUACGCCUUAAUCUCGGUCGGACAACCAAGAGGUCAAUUGGUCGCUGUAAGGUCUAGACCGGCGACGCAAGGCGAGUCACCGCCGCGCGAGCUCCACCUCUGGCAAGAUUGCGACGUCAUUCAGGAUUACGUGACCGUCUACGACGGUUAUACCACGAGGGAUCCGGUGAUACUAAAAUUCUGCGGUGGCGGAGAACCAGUGCCCGAGGCAACGAGUAGCGGACCAGAAAUUCUCGUAGAGUUCACAACGUCCCCUUACGGUACCUUUCUACAUUCGACGCCGCAACGUUCCCUUCACGGAUUCCAAUUGGAAGUCCAGGUGAAAUUCGUCGACGCCGAUUCCCCGACGUACGCGAAGAACAAGCGGUGCGAGUUUUGGCUGAAAGGUAACAGCGGAGGGGUGCUAGAGUCUCCGCGUCAUUCUCUACCGAGGAACAGUAGCUGUCUCUAUCAUUUGCGCGGUGCCGGACCCGCUUUGCCCAGUCCCACGCCUCCGCGCCCUUUACCUAAAUUCCCGGAGCAACGUCCCGGUACGGUAUGGCGGAGACCGGCACCGGUCCCGCCGCAACCGCAGUUCCGCGUGUGGUUGUCGAUUUUAAAGUUUCACGUCGGUAUCACCGCUUCCGCCGGCACCGACGAGGAUUGUUCGACGACUCUGAUGGUUUGGGACGGAGAAAUGAUGCCCCUUGGGGAAUGCAACGAAGCUUGCGAGAAGGAACGUCAAAGAUACAUCGAGAGACUCGGAGAAGCGACUUCGCAAGUCGUCGCACGUCCCGCAAACAACACGACUCUCCUCGCCAGAUAUUGCAAGGAUAAGGUUCCAAGGACUUGCGAUCACGCGAUUCUUCAAAACGUCAGUCGUCCUUGCUCCCUCGGAGAAAGCUUCGUAUCGUCCGGCAACAGCUUGACCAUAGAGAUGCGCAUGAUCGAGUCUACGGCUCUCAGGCCCGUCAACUUUCGAGCUCUCUACGAGUUCGUCGAUCUCCAUCAGGACGGCGAAGCUUACGGCAGCGGACCGUGCUCGCGUGCCUUUUACAGCCGAAAUCGGGACACCUAUCCCGAUCGUAGGUUUCAAGGACCUCGCGAUAUUUUCCUCUACGGUCGUGGUGGAUCGAAAAAUCUUAGCUGCGUGUACCGCUUCGAGGGUGAACACGACGAGGUCGUCAAGCUGCGGUUCAACAGACUUCUCAACGGCAACCGAACCUGUCGCAGCGUUUCCUCUUCCGAUUUCAAUCGUCUCCUUUGCAUCGGAUCCGAUAACUUCUCCCUCAAAGUGCUCGAUCUCCCAUGGCCUAACGCACCAGCCGUUCAACGCGACUGCUUUUGCUCGAAUCGUUCUCUACCGAUGAACGUUAAGUCCAGCUCGAACAUCGUCGAGGUACACCUGACGGUAACGUCUAUGAACGCUCUGGACGACUACAACAACAUCUUCUUCGAGGGUACUUGGGACUUUGUCAAAACGUCGCCGUGUUUACAAAAGCGCAGAGUGAGAGGGCCUUCGGGGGUGAUCAAAUACAGAUGGCCGCUCAUCGACGAGGACGAGAGAAACUGCGAGAAGCAUCCUUGGCUGAUCGACCCGGCUCCAGGACAAUAUCUCUAUGUGCAAACGCACGGCUCGAUCAUGACGAAUCGCAGCAAGUGCGCGACGAAAAAUCGUAUCGUUCUGCACAGCGGAGGGAACAUUCGCGCCUUGGUGUGUCCGAAGCCGAUCGAAGAUUCCAGGCAGCAGAUCGUGGAAAUUUUUAGCGAUGGCUGGUCCGUCGGUAGCGCUGAUUUCAUUCCGGUACCUAGUCUAGAUCCCGUUAGAACGAUCACCGUGGAGUUUUUGAUCAGCGAGCCGGAACCUUACGGCGUCACGUGGCUCGAACUUACCAGAAGGCCAGCUACUACGUCUACGGCCGGACUACAAAUGGCCCGAGACUGCGAGCAACGAUGUCCCGAAUUGGACGCGUGCAUAAACGCUUCCCUUUGGUGCGACGGAAUAUCCCACUGUCCCUCGGGCUACGACGAGGCUUUGACGCAUUGCUCGGUGCUCCUUCGAUUGCCACCUUUGCAUCUUGGCCUUGGAGCUUUGGCUAUUCUCACGAUCCUCGCGGUCAUCUUCCUCGUUAUCUGGCGAAUUUGUCGGCAACGGACCAGUCGCUCGAUAUCUCAGCACCGAUUGAAGAGCAUAUCCUCGGAGACGGCGAUAAUCGAGGGAAAGGAAGUGAUCUGCUGACACAGCGACAGUUCUGUGCGAUACGUCGAGGUCGACCGCGUUACCACCGUGUGACGAUCGCCAUCAUCCUUCGCCUCCGCCUCCUUCGCCAUCCGUUUGAUGUCAAUGCCUUUGUCAUCGUCGGUCAAGCUUUCAAGGAGUCUUCCUUCGGAACGGCUUAUACGCUGUUUUUCCUUUCGAGCGUACGACUCUUUGAACUGCCUCGGCGCGGCGUAACGCGCAGAACUCUGUCUCCUCUGCUUUACGAUUAACGAACUGAACGAACUGAACGAACUGAGCGAACUGACUUUCAAAAGUAAACGACGACGACGACGACGACGACGACGACGGUCGACUGCUCGCUGGCUCGGAUCGUGAUCGAAAUUCUUUGACAGAACGGAUCUCGCGUAUUUCUUUUUCCUCCGUGCGCGAAAGCUCGUGUCCCGUAAACGUUUAGAUGUCUUCAAAGAAACGACAAAAUUGACGUACUCGAAGGAAGGAGGAAAGAAUACCAAACGCACGCCUCCCUCUCAAUCAACUUGGAACGAGAUCCAAAGAGUACCGAGUUUCUCAAACUUUUGCAACGUCGUUCCGGCUUGAGUAAACCUGAGAGAGGGAGAGAUAGAUAAAUAGAUAGAUGGAGAGAGAGAGAGAGAGAGAGAGAGUAGUAGUAGCGCGUCGGAGGUACGAACUCGAGACUAAAGUCCCGUUUACGUUACACCACGGAGAAGCCGCGAUGAAUGACCGAACUGUUUUAACGAGGACAAUAAGUAAUAAAAUCCUAGUAAUAUCGCACCGUUACGGUAGUAUAGAUUUUCGCGUAUCAGGACGGCGCGACGUCUCGCUGAACCUUACGAGCAUCGAUAACUUCGAUAUCGCCAACUGUUUCCUUCCUUGGUGUUUCCUACGAUAACGAAAUAAGAAAAGUUACUCGAACGAUCAUUUCUGAAUUCUAUUACCGAUCGCAUUCGCUCUUUAUUUAAUAGCCCAAAGGUUCAUCGAUACUCUCGGCUCGAUCCUAGAUACGUAUAUUCGAAGAAGAAGUAAUUCGAGAAUGAUCCGAGACAUCGAGCACUCGACGCGUUUAACGUAAAAUUAAAAAAAAGAAAAAAGAGAAGAGAAAAAGAAAACUAGCUGGCCCUUCGUCGAUUCUGGAAUAAAACGCAAAGAGAAAGAAAGAGAACUUAACGGGAUGAAAAUGUCAUACUAUUUCCUCUAGAGAUAUCGACCAAACUACAAACUACAAAAAGUAUCUAUAAAAAAGUAUGUGUGUGCGUGAGAGAGAGAGAGAGAGAGAGAGAGAGAGAGAGAGAGAGAGAGAGAACGAAUUAAUCUUAUUCGAUUAUUAAUCGAUUUUAAGCGACGUGACUUUCGAUUCGAGGGGCUGGACGAUGCGGUCGGUAGAAAUCGCGUAGUUUGAAACGAUGUGAUAAAUAUAUACGAUGCUGUUUUCCUCGAAGCUGUGCUUCGAAAUUAUUGUUACGUCCGAUGACGCGACGUCGACGAAAAAGAAAAAGCUGAACGGAGAAUUUCUCAAAGGUUCGAAAAAAAUGGCAUCGGCGUCGUUGUCACGGCUUGUACACCAUGUUCAUAAUUGUAAAUAAUCGAUUAUUGACCUAUUUAUAUAACGGUUGAAAAUGCUACACACGUGCACGCGUUUGCCUCCGUUCGCGAACAUUGGCGUCGCGAAUUAUUUUAUUUAUUUCACUGGCAGAUCUUUGUAGCAACGCAACGCAAUGCAACGCAACGCAACGGAGAACGGCACCGUGCCGCUUCACUACUAAUCGAUAAGUACUACGAAUUUCGAGGUGAAGAGAGAAACGCGAAUUCUUCGAAAGGGAAAAAGGAAAGACGCGCCAAAAAAAAAAAAUACGAUAAAGACAAGAAACAACAAAUUCGAGCGAACGAGACACCGGUUGCGAUCGAUUCGGAAUUAUCCGUCAAAUAUAUACAUGUACUAUAUGUAUUUUCAGCUAGCCAAAAUCACCGCCAUUCUUUUCAUGAUUAAGUAUAAGUAAAAGUUAAUUGGCGAAGGGUCGCGUUACGACGCUAAAAAAAAAAGAAGAAAAAAGAAACGACCCUCCACGACACGUUGAAAGAGGACAAUCCUGCGAUAUCGACCGUUCCUACCGGUCGGUAGUGAGUAUCGUUUUCGAAAGAAAUCGAUACGCGCGCCUAUUAUUUUUUAAAUCGUUACUUAUCGCUCCUUCUUCUUCUUCUUCUUCUUCUUUUUCUAAUUAUUAUUAUUCCUUUUCUUCGUUCGAUAAGCCAAAUUCGCAAAAUCUGCUAAACGGUAAUUAACGAAACUCACGCAAAUCCAUUUAUUUUAUCGAUAACGAUUCAGAGAACAUAAGACUGAUGGUACUUCGAGACACUUGCUUCAACGUCAAUGAACACUUCUUUUUUUCAUCGUGAAAUAUCAACGAAAAUGUGAUCCUCCAAACUGCCAGGUAUUCGUACUCGAUACGUAUGUAUGUACGUAGAGAGAAAUUUUUUUAGUAAAAAUCCAUCGAUAUUCGAUCGGUAUUCGAGCCGAGAAAAAUCAGGGUGUCCGUUUGAAAAAUCAGCGGUUCGUUUUCUUCGGUCCGAACGACGAACCGAUAAAACGAAGCUCCGGAGAGCGCGAAGAAUUUUCUCGGUAGGAAAAAGAAAAAAAAAUUACAAAAAAAUUGUUUAAAAAUUAAAAAAAGGAAGGAAAGAAAAAGGAAAUUUUAUUUCAAACGAACAAACGUGUCGUGCGUCGACGAUGUGCACACGUACCAACGUUUACAUGUUCUUUUCGAGACGUCGCGACGAGCGAGCAUAAUUAACUAACGAAGAAACAGGGUCGGCUCGAGCACGAUAAUUUGCGUGCACGCGCGUUAUUAUGCCUUUGUUCUUUCUACCGUACUUGGAAGCUUUUCCGUUAAAGCUCCGAAUCGGCCGAAGAAAGCAGCACAAACCGUUCGAUAUACGAGUAGGAGGUAUUCCAAUACCGUAACAUCGGCCUUUUUGUGUUUUUGUCCGCGACGAUUGCAACGGGAGAUAUGAUUUACAUACUUGUUAAUACUUGCAAAAGGCACAAAAUAAUUUUAGAAUAAGCGUCGUAUUGUCGGGAAGAUAUUUCUCUUUUUUGUCAAAUUAUCAUCCGAGACAGACUCGAAUAACUCGAACGUCUAGAUUAUGAUUUGAUCGAAGAUAGGCAUUCUAUCGAGGAGGAUAAUUUUUCGAAAACGAUAAUAUCGAGAUCUUUCGAGAACGUAACGUUCUUUGGAGUGGAAUGAAAGAAGAAAAAAACAGAGGGAGAGAGAGAGAGAGAAAGACGAAAACGCGUCAACUUGUAAGUGGAGGGUCGUUCGCGAACUCGCUGAAGAACCUCGCGUGUAUCGAUCGUACGAGCUCACAGCAACCAGAAACAACGAGGAACAACGGUCAUUCGAGCGCAAAACUUGGUGCGACGAGCGCUCUCGUCACUCGGUAACAAGGGAAACUUCGUUAGGACGUCCUUUUUGCCCUUUCGUCUUCGGUCCCUUCCUUUUUCCACUACUUUGCAACGCACACCGCAACGCAUUGCAAUUUACCUUAUCGAGCGCGAACGAUGUCACGUACGAUACUCGAUAAUAAUUUCUUCGAAUCUCAAUUUCGUUAUCAUUUCUGUAAUCCCGUCCUCUCGCUUUUUCAUUACUCCUCGACGAACGAUGCGCCCCGAUCCCGGGAAGAUUCGGAAGGAUUCGGGAUUUCAGGAAGCUCCUCUCCUGUAAAUAGUUUUCUUCUAGUCCGUAAGAAUUUUAAAUGCUCUAGAAAAGCCGAGUGUAAGCCGCAUAAUACAAAUAUUAUUAAAUAACAUUAAUAAUAAUAAUAAUAAUAAUAACAACAACAAAAUACAAAUAAAAAUGAAAUAAAAAUAAUAAUAAUAAUAAUAAUAAUAAUAAUAAUAAUAAUAAUAAUCACGUAGACGAAUAGUCGUUAUUAUCACGAUGUGAACCAUAUCCAGAAACGCGUUUAUUGUGUUGAAUCGUUUAAACGCGGCAGCGAAGAAAAAUGAUUCUUUUGUCUCGCCAACGUUAUGAUAAAAUUGGCAAACGAAUCGAAUGGAAUCGAAUGAGAUAUUGUUUUAGAAGAUUUUUACAACGAAAUUAAUGAAACGUCGUUUUUUGGAAAUAAUCUAUCGCACUUGGUCGCUGAUGUUUCACUUUUGAAACAAUAUCUUACUCGAUAUUCUCUCCUGAAAAAAUCAAAUGGAAGAUAAACCGUAAGCUCGAACGAGUAACUAUGCGAUUAGCGCAAGUUCAAUAUUCUCGUUCGCUCUCUUUCGAGUUUGAAGACAAAAGUAGGAAAUUAUAUAUAUAUAUAUAUAUACGUACACAUAUACAUACAUAUAUAUGUGUAUAUAUAUAUAUACGUACGAGCGUGUACAUAUGUAUAGGAUGAAAUGGACAUCGUGCUACCGAGACGAAUAGUAAUACGCGCGUUUCACGAUUAUAGAUUGAUUUAUAUCGUCGUCUCUCUCCCUUAAUUUAAUUUCGUAAAUUAAGUUUAGAGCUCACCGACUGAUUCUACUAAAGGUUUAUAAUCGCACAGAACUUUUAUGAGUUCAAAGCCCGUCUUCAAAGACUGCCGAAAAACGCUUAUUAUUUCGAAUCAUCGAUCUUACGCGAAUCUUCGUGUCCGUUCAUCGUAAUUACGAAUCUCUCUAUCGACGUUAGCGACGAUGACGCGCGAGUGUACUGCAUACACGAUUUGGCACAAAUUCGAUUCGUCCAAUCGUUUUUGCUUCCUUCCUCUUUUUCUUUUUCUUUUUUUUUUUUUUUUUUCUUUUCCAUACGAUACGACCAAGGACAAUUUUCACGUUGACCGAACUCGUUUUCUAUAUGUUACCAAGCUAAUGCGUUUAAUCCUAAAAGGAGUGCUAGUACGAGAAACUUUGGAAAAUGAUUCGAAGGCGAAUAAUCUCGCCGUUCCAAUUCCAACGAUUUGUCGUCUGGUUUGACAAAUAUUUACAUGUAUCGCGAAAUAAUGAAAUCGUUUGAUCGACUAUAUAAAAACGCCCAUUUGUCGCUAUGUAACGAAGGAAAGGAAAGAAAGAAAAAAAUGCGAGAAUGUAAGUAAUAGAAACAUCGACGGGCGUAUUCGAUCGUAUUCUUAAACUUCUUCGGUAUGGCGCGAAGACGAUUAUUAAACAUUAUUCUAAGAAAGACCAAAUUAUACUCUCGAAACUUUCGCAGCAGUAAUUUAUAUUAUUAUCUCUUAGCAGCGAAACGUAUUGUUUUUAGUGCAUGCUUGUGCACUAUGCGACAGUAAGGGAAAAUUAGAAAAGUAAACAAGUAAAAUAAAAAAGGAAAAAAUAAAACAAAAAAAAAACAAAAAAGAAAAUAAAACGAAAUAAAAACACUCAUGCAUGAAGAUCUCUUUCGAUGGACGCUCGAUUAGUACGGCGAAAAUCAAGGUCAGCAAGAAAUCUGACAAUAAACUGACACGAAUGGCAAACGCAUACACGCGCGCGUACUUACUCGACACUAUCGCAAAGCCACGGACGCAAGCACACGUACACGCACGCAGGCACACACACACACACACACACCCCCGAGCAGACACUCCUCGUAUGCGCACACGACACGAAUGUUUCUUAGUAUAUGUAUGUAUAACCUAGAAACGGGUUCGAGGAUCAGGUGACACGAUUCGCGCUGUCCGAUCGUCGUCGUACAGCAACGACGUCGCCGUCUCGAUCCUACGAAUGAUUCACAGAUCCGAUUUUUCCCAUGAUCCAGAAAGAUACGAAUUUUUCUUGGACUCUCUCGUUCGAAGAAGCGACAUCGUACCACCUGAUCUCGACGUACUACAUACGACAUAUUGUACCACGAUCAUUCCUUCUACCGAUAACAAAGAAUUCUAACGAGCAAUCAUUGAGCAGUUACAUACAAUAAAACUAGUAAAUACACCAAAGACGUGCUCGUAUAUGCAUACGUACAAUGUGCAUACAGUUAUUAAUUAUACCGUUACUAAUUACCGAUUCGUAUAUCGAAUAUGCGACAUUUUUAAUAAAUUAUUUUGAAGAUUG